AGGGGACAGAGUGUAUUUACCAGUAUAAGAAUGGAGAGGUGAGAGAGGGGAGGGGCUAUGAGGGCAGAGUGAGUCUGAUCAUGGAGGAACUCCAGAGAGGAAACGUGUCUCUGACACUGAGAGAUGUUCAGUGGACUGAUGCAGGAGAGUACAGGUGUGAGGUCAUCUAUGGAGAAGGUGGGAAGUCAACAUUUCAGACUCACCUUCAGGUCAAUGUGUAUCUAGGACCAGCUGACAAACUACCACUCAGGAGAAAAGACAGUGCUAAACCACCUCAUGCAGGUGGGAGGUGAAAGCCCCAGUUCAAACCUGCCAGUAUCUCCUGAGCUGAGGCUGGUGCUACUGGGGCUGAGUGAGACAGUGAAGUGGGCAGCAGGAAACACCAUCCUGGGCAGAGAGGAGUUUGGGAUCCAGGCUGCUGCAUCCACAGAGACCCAGCACAGUGAGAGCAGACAGGGGGAGGUGGCUGGGAGACAGCUGGUGGUGGUGGACACUCCUGACUGGUUGAGUCCUGGACUCUCUCAGGAGGAGAUGAGGAAGGACGUGGGGCUCUGUGUCCGUCUGUCUGCCCCAGGACCCCACACCUUCCUCCUGGUCUGUCCACUGGAACCAUCUGAGGGAGAGGAGAGUGAGCUGCUGGAGAGAAUGGAGGACAUUUUUGGGGACAAAUGCUGGGGACACACAAUGAUCCUCUUCAUAAAUACUGAAGGGUUAAGGGGGGUUAAUGUAGAAGAGGUUAUCCAGAUGAAAAGUCAUAGGUUUCAGCAGCUGAUGGAGAAAUGUGGAAACAGGUGUCACCUUGUGAAUGUUAAGAACAGGGACGUUACUGAGGUGACAGAACUGCUGCAGAAGAUUGAGGAAAUGGUGUCAAAAAACCAAGAGAAAUUUUACAGCAGUGACGUUUACCAAGAAGCAGUGGAGCAAGUCACAGAAAUGAAAAUAUUGAUUGAAAAAGAGAAGAAAAACAGGAGAGAGAAGGAGGAGAAAGAGUUGGAGAGGAAAUAUGAAAUAGAUCUGCACAAUUAUGUCAUGAAAACGGAGCAACAGAAUAAGGAAAAAGAUGAGAAGAUUAGAGAACUUGAAAAAAGGAUAGCUGAGCUGGAAAAAGAGCUUGAGAAUGAGAAGAAUGAAAAUAGAAAGAAAGAGUUGGAGAGGCAAGUGGAAGAAGAGAAAGAAAGGAGAAGAGAGACAGAAAGGGAGAGAGAGAAGAGAGAAAAAGAGGACAGACACAAAGAGGAGUUGGAGGAGAUCAGAGAGAAAUAUGAGAUGGAGGCCAAAGCUGAAGCUGAGAGAAAUCUUAUGAAGAUUAUUCUGCCAGAACUGCAGAGCAAAAUUAGACCCUUUAUUAAAAAGCUACAGAGUGAAUUUAACAUAAAGACAGAGGAGAAAGAUGAAGAAAUGAAGAGAAUGAUGAAGAUACUAGAGGAGAAAGAGAGAAGGAUCGAGAGAAUUAAGUACAUACUAGAGGAAAAGGACAGAGAGAUAGAGAGAAAUAAGGAAACACUUGAGGCACAAGCCAAAGAGAUAAAGAGAUUGAGGAAAAGCAAUGAGGAGCAGGACAGAUCACUAAUUCUGAUCAGAAAACCAUACGAUGCUGGAAGUUCUUUAUCCUCCUGGAACAAAAAUGAAUACAUCAGAGUGUUCAAGGGAGAUGAUGUCACUCUGUCCUGUUACCUGUCUCCUGAAACCAGUGCUGUUACCAUGGAGAUCAGCUGGUUUAAGGGGACAGAGUGUAUUUACCAGUAUAAGAAUGGAGAGGUCUGGUAUUGUAUUGCUCUGGUGUUGUACAUCUCCUGUGUUGUGUAG